AUGAUUAACUGAAAACAAGCAAAGAAAGUCUAAAAGCAGUAGUGUUUCUCUAUGGUUUAGCUUUCACUGCGUGGACCUAAGACAGAACUAUGAUGGUCCUUUUAUUUCUGCUGUAUGUUAUACAUGUGCUGUCAGUGGCUGAAGCUCAGCAGAGAGCGUAUCUCAUUACAGCACCCAAAGUUCUGCGAGUGGAUGCGUCAGAGACUGUGCUGGUGCACUUGUAUGGCUAUGUCGAAGAGACCACAGUGAACCUUCACCUUAAAGACAAUCUGGCCUCUGAAGGCAGAACUUAUGCGUCUCAGACUCUUAAACUCAAUGAGAAAAAUAAUUAUCAAGCUGCAGCUACUCUUCGGAUAUUCCCAAACAUUGCACAAGAGGUCACUGAUCUCUACCUGCAGGCCACAUCUAGUUCCUUCACCAGGGACCAAAAAAUACCAAUCAUUCGUAACAAUGGUUUUCUUUUUAUUCAAACUGAUAAACCACUAUAUACACCCGAACAGCAAGUUGAGGUGAGAGUGUACUCUUUGAAUGAGGAGCUGAGAAAGACUAGCAGACCUGUUUUCCUUACGUUCAAGGACCCAGAUGGCAUCAAAGUGGAAAUUAUUGAGAUGAAUGACAUCAUUGGUGUCAAACCAUUGCUUCCACCAUUCAAAAUACCCUUGAAACCUAAGUUUGGGAUCUGGACAAUCGAGGCCGCUUAUGCUACAAACUUCACUACAACUGCUGUGGCUAAAUUUGAGGUCAAAGAAUAUGUAUUACCCAGCAUUUCAGUCCGCAUCCAGCCUGAAGCAAACUACGUCAGCAUAGCAAACUUUGAGUCAUUCAAACUAAAGAUAUUUGCCAAAUAUGUCAGUGGAAAAAUAGUCAGUUCAGCAGAUGUGUUUGUGAGGUUUGGAUACAUCAAUAAUCAUGAUGUGGUCAUGAUACAUCAAUCAUUAAGAGUGUAUAAGAUGUAUGAGGGUGAAGUGGAAGUUGAGUUAAACAUCAAACAUGAUCUGUCCAAGAAAAAUUCCGGGCCUCAAGACCUGUGGGAAAUGAACAACCAUUUCCUCCGUGUGGCUGUUUUGCUGAAAGAGUCUACAGGUGGUAUCUCCCAGGAAGCAGUAAUCUCUCAUGUGAAGUUUGUUCAUUCUCCUUUCACCCUGAGUCUGAUUGCUACUCCUCCUUUCAUCAAGCCAUCUCUGCCAUACCACAUCAAAGUUUUGGUGAAGGAUCCACUGGGUGAAUCAGUUGCAGGUGUAGCUGUAAAGGCAAGAGUAACAGUAACUAACAAUAAUAAUCAAUUUGAAGAGCUCCACGGACAUCAAAAUGAACUCAGACAGACAUCCAGAAAUGAUGGCAUUGCAUAUUUUGUUUGCAAUAUUCCUAAUAAUGUUGCGAGAGCUGAAUUUUCUAUUGAAACAGAUGAUCAUAAUUAUCCACCAAAGAGCCAGGCCCAGCUUAAACUCAGCACUUUUGCCUACGAGUCUGUCAAUCAGCGCUAUCUAUAUAUCAAUUUACCUUCACCUACAUUUAAGGUAGACGACUAUGCCUCUAUCAACAUCAACUUCCAUUAUCGUGACUAUCUUCCAUUGAAGACCUUCAGUUAUCAGAUACUUUCAAAAGGGAAAGUGGUAAAGUUUUCCACAGAACAGCGGGUAACUGAUAACCUCCAGAGCAUCAACUUUAAGGUGACUUCUAACAUGGUGCCAUCUGCUCGCCUGGUGGUCUAUUAUAUCCUUUCUGGAGAGGAGAGAGCUGAAUUGGUCGCAGAUUCUGUGUGGUUCAACGUCAAGGCCAAAUGUGUCAACAAUUUAGAUGUGAACAUAGCAGCUCAAGUACAGCUCAAGAACUACAAACCCAAAGACAAGUUAACGUUGUCGGUACGGACUAAGAGUGUGAAUGAAAAGUCCCUGGUGGCGCUAGCAGCUGUAGAUACGGCUCUGUACAACCUCAGAGCUAACGACAAAAACCCACUAAACAAGGUACUGCAGCAAUUUGAGCACAGUGACCUUGGCUGUGGAGGAGGAGGAGGCCGAAAUAACGCUGAUGUCUUCAGCCGUGCUGGACUGACUUUUCUUACAAAUGCAAACGUUGAGGCCUUUAAUGUAGAUAAGACCUGCACAGCUGUGGUCAGACCCAAACGCUCCACUCUUUCAGAAACGGAGAAGCAAGAAUAUGCCAAUAAAUACAACUUUUAUAAAUCAUGCUGCCUGGAGGGAUUGCAAACCAGCCUGCUCCUAGAUACCUGCCUGAGUGCAAGCCAGAAAUUUUCGACUAAACACCGUCAGUGCAAGGCAGCCUUCCAAGAGUGCUGUAAGUUUGCAGAAAAACAUCGGACAGAAAAUCAGGGUCCAGUCCUUCAUCAUCGUCAAGGACCUAAAUUAUUCACACCAUUGCAUGAUGUCCAGAUAAAUCGCUCCAGUCUCUCUCUAAAUGAAACAUUUGAGGAACAUGGGCUCCCAGUUGACACCCAUUUGGCUGAUGUCCGGAUAAAGCGCAAUGAUCGCUCACUGACUGAAAAAUUUGAGGCAAAAGCUCAAGAAUUCAAACAUUAUAGCCAAUGCUGCCUAGAGGGAGUUGACAGUAGCCCAACUUUGGAGACUUGCUCGGAACGUACCCGGAAAUUAAAGACCAUUAAUGAUAACAGACCAUGUAAGAUAGCAUUCCUUAAAUGUUGCAACUAUGCCGAAAAGCUUCGGGCAGAAAGUGUCGGUGUCAGCCUUGCUCGUUCAGAAAUAGAAUUUCUGUUGGAUGUGAAGAGUGAGCAGGUCCGCAGCUACUUCCCAGAGAGCUGGUUGUGGGAAGAAUAUGAAACUGAGAGGUCUGGAGUACUUACAGUCACUAAAAGUCUUCCUGAUUCACUGACUACAUGGGAGGUCAGUGCUGUUGGGGUGUUCAACAAUGGAAUAUGUGUAGCAGAUCCCCUGCAAGUGUCAGUUCAGCAGGUAGUGAGUUUAGAUGUACCUCUGCCUUACUCUAUGGUGCGUGGGGAGCAGAUUGAACUUAAGGGAUCAGUGUACAAUGAGUGUGAUGCAGAAAUAACAUAUAGUGUGACUUUGUCAGCAUCAGAGGGUGUGUGUGUUUUUCGCGGAGCUCUUCUGACAGAGGAUGGUUACCAACAAAUUAACAAUGGCGAGAUUGAAGGCCAUUCGGUGGCACUAGUCCAGUUCUUCAUCAUGGCAUUAGAAGUGGGCAGUCAUAAACUCCACUUCACUCUUAAAACCUUGCAGGGAAGUGAGACGGUGGUCAAGACACUCAGAGUAGUGCCAGAGGGCAUUAGGAGGGAAUUAUUUGUUGGAAGCAGGAUUGAUCCAAAUGCCAUCUAUGGCACAUCUGUCACACGUAUUGAGCUCAGAAACUCUCUUCCCCCAAAGAUUGUGCCAAAGUCCAAGGUGGAACGUUUGCUAACAGUAAACGGUGAGGUGCUGGGAGAGUUGAUAUCAAUCAUUACAAACCCAAAAGGGAUAAUGCAGUUGACUAGCUUGCCCAGAGGUUCUGGAGAGGUGGAGCUAAUGGGUCUUCUUCCCAUCUUCUAUGUGUAUGAUUAUAUUGAGCAGUCUGAGCAGUGGGGAAAGAUAAGGGAAUUUGGAAACAGCAUUCUGUUAAAGAGAAAGCUAAAACACGGUAUCACCAGUAUUAUGUCAUUCAAGUCUAAGCAGGAAAACAGUUUUAGUUUUUGGAAGAACAAAGGGCCAAGCACAUGGCUUACUGCUCUGGUGGUGAAGACUCUAGCUUCUGUGAACAAAUAUGUCACAGUGGAUCAUGAUCAGCUUUCAGGCACUGUCUACUGGCUGAUUUCAAAGUGUCAGAAUCCAGAUGGCUCCUUUACUGAGAUAUCCAGCUACAAGCCUAUAAAGCUCAUGGGUGCUGGGGCAGAUGUCACUGAACAGUCUGUGUAUCUCACAUCGUUUGUGGUAAUAGGGAUCAAAAAUGCCUUGUCACUUCCCAAGUCCAACUUACAGAUUUAUGAACAGGCUGUGGAGAAGGCAACACACUACUUGACCAUACAAGUGACAAACGUUAAAAGUUUAUAUGUAAGAGCCAUAGCAGGAUACGCCCUGUCUCUUUCUGACAUCAAGAGCCAUCAUUCUAACAUUCUCUAUGAAAAGCUUAAGAAAGAGGCACAAAUUAAAGGAAACCCGGUAACAGUCAGGUUUUGGGAGGAGAACAAGGCCCCUCAAGACCCACUAAAUCCAAACAGGGCAUCUGCAGAGUCAGUGGAAACCACUGUCUAUAUGCUGCUCAACACUUUAUUCAGAGGAGACACAGCAUAUGCCAAGCCAAUCAUCCAAUGGCUCACUGAUGAUCAACGUUAUGGAGGAGGUUUCCAUUCGACUCAGGACACUGUUCUAACAUUGGAAGCCUUGACCAAGUACAGUAUAAUAGUUCGUAGAGCUGCUUUACAAAUGGAGGUUGAUGUGUCAUACCGAAAGAAGGGCAGUAUCAGCCGUGUAAUUCUGACCCAGAGUAACCCUGUGGGUAAACCCAUUGAGCUUGAACAUGCUGAUGAUGUCAUACUGAAAACUGGAUACAGCACAGGCGUGUCAUUUGCUAAUUUGAGAACAGUGUAUUAUGAAAUGACAGAUAGCAACAAUAAUUGCAACUUCGACAUAUCAAUAGAUGUUCAUCCCCGCAACCCAAAUUCACGAGAUCCUAUUGUUCAUUCACCGAGGAUAGUUGCCUGUGCCAAAUAUAAGCCACGUAAAAAUGAGGUUGAGAAUGAGGCAGGUCACACAGUAAUGGAAAUUAAUCUGCCCACUGGUGUGAGCCCAGUCCAAGAGGACCUUAAAAGGUUUAGGGAUGGACUUGAGAGUCGUAUUUCUGACUAUGAAAUAACAGACAACCAAGUGAUUCUCCAGAUAGAUUCUGUACCCUCAGAGGAGUUUUACUGUUUGGGUUUCCGUAUUCAGGAGGUGUUUAGAACUGGCAUGAACAGUGCCUCUGUGUUCAAAGUGUAUGAGUAUCAUGAUCCAGAAAGCCAGUGUACAAAGUUCUACUACAGUCAGAGCCGCAGGCUUCUUCGUCUUUGUGACGGAGACCAGUGUCAGUGCAUGGCAGCUGAAUGCUGCAAACUCAAGGCCAACAUUGACCCAACCAUUACAGUUGAAGAAAAAAUACAUGACUUGUGCAAAGGCAACAUCAAAUAUGCUUUAAAAGUUAAAAUAACAUCAUCUGAAGCAGAAGGCGAGUUUCUGUCAUACAAUGCAAAUGUGGAAGCAGUCAUUGAAAAAGGGUCCUUAGACCUUACAAGGUCAAAUACACACGAGGUCAGCUUUGUAAAAAAGGCAACAUGCACCUCAACAAAUUUGGAAAUUGGCAAGCAAUACCUGAUUAUGGGUGCAGAAAUCAUGCAGCUUAGAGUAAAGCGUAGUUACAAGUACAAGUUUCCAUUGGAUUCCCAAGCUUUGGUUGAGUGGUGGCCAUCGGAUUCUGACUGCCAAAAUAGCUCUUGCAAACAAUAUACAGAUGUUUUAAGUAACUUUGAAUUUGAUUAUCUUAGUAACGGCUGUGCUUAGGGUGGCUGCACAUUUAUAUCAUCUGUAUUUUCAUCCAUUUUGGAAUAUUUUGGCAUUUUUUAAAGACAUGUAUACUUGCUUUUACAAUAUUUCAUAACAGUUCCUGUUUUGGACAGGCUGUAGAAAUGAUAUUACAUAUAAUUUACACAUAAUUUACACAAUAUAAAAUGAUCCACACAGCCAUGAGAACAACAUUACUAUCAAACAUCAUCAGGCCAUAUUUUGUGAAGCCUGAAAACAUGUUUUAACAUUUCAUUUCACAAUUUAAAUCCAAUAUUGAUUAAUUAGCUAAUUUAAGCUCAAUAAAGAUAAUUCCACAGAACAUGACAGAAAAUAUUGCAUUUUCUCAUUUGGCCUUUGACAUUAAUAAAGAUUUUCAAGUGUUACAGCAGA